AAACCAUUUCAUUCUUACUUUUAAUCAACACUUAUUUCAGUUAUAAGGACAAACAUGCAGUUAACAAAAUGGAUCUCAAGUAAAAUUAAGUCCUCACUUUUAAGAUAACACAUGAAGUCAUUUGUUUACUAAAUAGGGUUAUAAAUCAAUUAACUGGAGAAAGAUGUUCAUACAUUUCAGCACAAAAUAUUGGAAACAACUUUAUAGAUGGUCUACGAUUGGCUCCUAUCAUCUUGAUCAUGCCUCACAGACUGGUAUUGCAUCAUUUUAUACAUGCACGCAAGCCUCAGGACAAUAACAUCAUCUAUUGAUUUUUAUCACAACCCUUGAAUAAUGGUACCACUAUGAUUUAAAAAAUAACACUUCAAACACGCCAUUCAAUUACCAAGAAGAGGUUCAGGACUAAUUAUUAUAGAAUAACAAUUACAAAUAAGCACGGAAUCAUUUUGUGUACCUGAAAUUAACAUAUCAGAAUAUUAGAGAAUUAUUAUACUUUUUAGAAGAUAUCAUUUUUUGUUAUAUGAGAAGCCUUUCUGGGAUUUAGGGAGACAAUUGUGCAACCAAAGCAUCAACAUCCCAUUUUUAUUUUAUUAUUAGCAACAGGUGCAACUAAAGAAAGGAUUUAACUUCAUCAGCAAAUUGUUCACUGGAUUUCAAAUAACCAGCAAGUGCAUUGAGAUUCUAAAAGUUUCCAACAAUUUAAAGAUGACCCUUGCAAUUACAACAUCCGAGAAAGUGCUAGAAAUCGCAACACUGUUGAUUGUUUCUAUGGCAACAAUAAUUGGCAAUAUUUUAAUACUGAUUAUAAUAUUCAUGAAUCAAGGAUUAAGAACGCAUGUGAAUGCAUGUGUCGGGAACUUAUGCAUCACAGGUAUCUUGAUUGGAAGCUUUAACAUUCCCAUGACAAUGGUUUCCAUAGGAUCAGGAGACUGGCCAUUUGAUGCAGCCGUAUGUCAAUUUGUUGGAUUCUUCAACAUGUUAACACUCGUGGAAAGUGUGAUUUCGCUAGGUGUUAUUAGUGUGAAUCGUUUCAUAAUGAUAAGCCAUCAUCAAAUAUAUUCAAAGAUUUUCAACUUUCGGCAUACAUCAAUAAUACUUGCAGCCUCUUGGUUAUUCUCAGGCUCUAUCUCUCUACCCCCUGCAAUUGGUUGGGCAAGCUACAAAUAUAUCGCCACACAAUCUAUUUGCUUCUGCGACUGGAAACACUCUGUGUCGUAUACCGUCUUCAUGUUUUGCCUCUGCUUCACUGCCCCAUUUGGUAUCAUGACAUUCUGCUACACAAAACUUAUACUCGCUUUCAGACGAAGUCAUAAUCGAGUAAGAGCUCGAUCUCCUCAAAAACGGAAUGAUGAGCUGAUUCAGCCUAGAGAUGAGAUGCCAGUCUCAGAAACUACAAUCUCAUUAGUUCCAUUUGAGCAAAAUAGAUUAAAUGUACCAAAGAGAAAGGACAAAAUCAUCCCUGAGGAAAUGAAACUGACAAUAUCAUUGAUGGUUGUUGUGGUAACAUUUGUGUUGUCUUGGUUACCAUUCUGUGUUGAAAUGUUUAUAACAGUGUUUUCUGAGGUGACAUUGAACCGGGCUGGCAGUAUGACAGUCUUAGUGCUAGGGCUUGCCAACAGUGCUUAUAAUCCGAUCAUAUAUGGUAUCAUGAAUAAACAGUAUCAAGAAGGUUUCAAGAAAAUAUGUCCAAAAUGCUGGAAACGCCAAAACAUUACAACAAAUAAAGAGCUGAUUGUCAGUCCCUCAAGUUUGACAACAAGUCACAGUUGAGUGAAUCUCUAGAACAUACAGUAAUCAUAAAUUGAUCAUAUAUCCACAAAUGAAAGCACGUAAUCUGAAAUAUAAGAAAUUGUAAGAACAACAUUAUUUUGAUUAAGCUAUGGAAAAUGAUACGUAACUAUCGUCAUGUUAAUAAUAAUGACUGCCAUCACUAUCAGAAUUAACAGAUUCAAAUUGCCCUUUAUAGACAUGAAAAUGCAAUGUGCACUUAUUUUGAAUAAACCAAUUAUACAAUCAUGUACAGUAUUGAUUACAGUUUUAUAUACUAUACUAGCAUGUAACUCUUGUCCUUAGUCACUGUGUCAAAAACACUGUUGAUCAAGUGAAUGCAAAAAUCUAUUUUGAAUGAUAUUGCAUGUCCUUGAUUGUAUGUUACUAAGUGUAAAGGGUCUAUUCAAAAUAUUAACCGAGGUGAAAAGAUGUAAUCUAAUCAUGCGAGGUAUUAGAACACUUUGUUAUAUAUUAAUGUGAUAUCAUUGAUCAAUGUCUUGUAUUCAUAUAGCAUGCACUGGCUGAUCCACAAGCUAACAAGGGGGACCACAUUUCCCACAUUUGCCCCUAAAUCCAAAAAUUGGGCCCAAAAUUUUGAAAUUUAAGUCCCAUUUUUAAUUUCUUGAUAGAAGAUUAUUUAUUGACA